CAUCACAAAAUGCAUCUCCUUACUCUGAUCUUUGGAAUUGUGCUUCUCCCUAAAACCUACACCCUGACAUGUUAUCAGUGUGUACCGGGAAGCUCAGGGACCUGCACAGGCACCACAAAACAAUGCCCUUUAAGGGCUCAUCAGUGUCGCGCAGCAAGAAUCACUUCAUAUAUAGGUGAUUCAAAACUUGCUGAUGUCAACAUAAAAACUUGUGCUUUGGAUGAACAGUGUCUUGAGGGUGCAGUCAACUUUGGUAUCACCAGAACUGUAAUUACCAGCAAGUGUUGCGCCACCGACCUCUGUAACUCCGAGCCUGCCGCGGAACCCAGUUUAGCCAGGGACAAUGGUUUAAAGUGCCACCGCUGCGAUGGUCAAAAGUGCUCAACUCUAAACUGCAAAGGGAAUGAGGACCACUGCAUCUCAGCAGCAGUGAACUUACGGGGUGAAAAGAAGAUCAUGAAGGGCUGUGCCUCCGAGAAGAUGUGCUCAGAUACGGCAAAUGCACAGAUUGCAGGAGCCAUUCCAGGAGAAACUAGCUGCUGUCAGGGUGACUUCUGCAACAGUGCCAGCAGCAAAAGUGCUGGCCUUCUGCUCCUGGUGGCACCGUUGUUCUCUUUGGUAAUGUUCUCUUAACUGGAGGAGACGGAAACAUCACUGCUCAGUUUUUAGCUCUCAUCGCCGCAUAGCCUCUUAGUGCUCCCACCUAUUUUUUCUCAUUUCAAGUGACGAGUGGGAAAGUAGAAAGUUUAGCAUUUUCCUUUGUCUCCUGCCUCAUACAGAUUUAACCUGCUUAUUUUUAAUAUGCUUUAUUUUUUGCUUGUUGCCUAUAAUGAUAGUAGUGAUUGUCUUGCAAAGAAUAGUUGUCAACAACAACUCUUCUUUCUAAAGUAAAACAAGGAGAAUGUAAAAACAUGUUCAUGCACAAAUCUUUCCCGAGUGCUAUUAUUAACCUGAAACCUAUUUUCAAUGGAAUUUUGAUGAAAAUUAAAAUAAAUACAUUUCUUAAAAUCCUUUUAA